AGAAACUCUGCUAUCUUUAGGACCUGGAGGAUCCGAGUGGGGGGUCACCCUCCCCGCCCCCAGCAAAGUCAGCACCCGGAACUACUCUAAUAGGAACCAGCCGACUGAGCUCCGGGAGGGCUGCGGGCUGGGUGUAGGAUUCCUGCAGACCUCAGUGGGACCUCAGAGGCGUGCGCCCAGCUGAGGACGUAGGGGGUGGGGUGGUGAUGGAUAGAGGAGGGGCGAACCUGACCUCAGGUCUUGCCCCGUAUACCCAAAGGCCGAGAUCCAGCCCUCCCCAGCCGGGCCCGAGUAGAAUUCGGGGUGUGCUCGUGAUGUCCAACGGAGGGCGGACUCGGGCUCCCCCAGUACUCCAGACCCUUUGGCCCACCUUGUGUUCGCCUUGGGCCCUGGGGCCAGGAACAGCGGGAGUGUCAGGGAACAGGACCCGGCCUAGGCGGCUGGGAGGGUCGCAGGUGAAGACCGUGGGAGCGGUCCCCAGCUGGGGUCCCGGACAGCAUCUGAGUUCUGUUCCCGGAGGACGUCUUGGGGUGAGGGUUGGCGCGAGGCCCGAGAAGUGGGAGGGGACAGGUUGGGGGGUGGUCUCUGAGGAGGAGCCAGGCUGGCCUGCAUUGUUCAGCGCUCGGCUUCCCGGGUUCUUCUGCCCGCUUCAGACCCCGUGGGCGCACCCCACGGUGGGGGCGCCUCCCUGUGCCCCGAGACGGUUUUGAGUAGGGGAGGUCUCACCUGGGGCUCUGCAUCGGGGCUGAGGGAGUGGAGGACAUCGGUGGUGAGUCGGUCCCUGUCCCCCGAGGCGCUGCGAGCCUCUUCAGGAGCGGGGGCGCCCGGGUCCCCCGCGAUGGCCGCUGCCCGAACGGGCCCCACCGGGACCACCAGCGGACGCUGGAGCACCGCUCUCUAGCCGGGCGCAGCCCCUUCUUACCCCGGCCCGGAGAUGGGGAGCAGCGGGUCGGCGCUGAGGGUCUGUGCGGACCACCGCGGGGGCAUCAACUGGCUGAGCCUGAGCCCGGACGGGCAGCGCCUGCUGACGGGCAGCGAGGAUGGCACGGCUCGCCUCUGGAGCACCGCGGACGGCCGGUGCUGCGCGCUCCUGCAAGGACACGAGAGCUACGUGACCUUCUGCCAGCUGGAGGAUGAAGCUGCCUUCACCUGCAGUGCCGACUGCACCAUCCGGAGGUGGGACGUCAGGACCGGGCAGUGUCUGCAGGUGUACCGAGGGCACACGUCCAUCGUAAACAGGAUCCUAGUUGCAGAUGACCAGCUCUUUAGCAGUUCCUAUGACCGGACGGCUCGUGUGUGGACCAUGGACAAAGGGCAAGCGUCCCAGGAGUUCCGGGGCCACCGCAAUUGCGUACUGACCCUAGCCUACUCUGCUCCCAAGGACCUGCCCAGCGAUCCCUGCUUGGAGGCAGCCAUGGGCGGCGGCCUCCUAGUGACUGGCAGCACGGACGACACGGCCAAGGUGUGGCAGGUGGCCAGCGGCUGCUGCCACCAGACACUUCGGGGCCACACGGGAGCCGUGCUGUGCCUCGUGCUGGACGUCUCCAGCCACACAGCCUUCACGGGCAGCACGGAUGCCACCGUCCGCGCCUGGGACAUCCUGAGUGGGGAGCAGCUGCGGGUUUUCCGGGAGCACCAGGGCUCUGUCAUCUGUCUGGAGCUCACAGAUCGGCUCUUGUACUCGGGCAGCGCAGACAGGACUGUCAAGUGCUGGCUGGCUGACACCGGAGAGAGGGUACGCACAUUCCCGGCACACAGACACAGCGUGAGCGCCCUCAAGUACCACGCGGGCACCUUGUUCACAGGCAGCGGAGACGCCUGCGCCCGGGCCUUUGACGCCCAGUCCGGAGUGCUGCAGAGGGUGUUCCGAGGCCACACCUUCAUCAUCAAUUGCCUCCAGGUGCAUGGCCAGGUGCUCUACACAGCAUCUCAUGACGGUGCUCUGCGCCUCUGGGACGUACGUGGCCUCCAGUCGGUGCCGCCUCUGCCCCGAAGGCCAGCAACCAAACGUAGCCUGUCGCGCCUCUUUAGCAACAAGGUGGCCUGCGCGGCCCCCACACCCCUGCAGCCAGCCUGAGUGCCUGGAGAGGAGACGGUGGAAACCUGAGGCCUCGCUCGUUUUGUGUUCCUGGGCUUGCAGUGGCUUGUUAACAGGGUGUGCACCUGUCCUCAGAACCUUUCCCACUGUGGAGGAAGGUGCCUCUUCCCCAUGGCCUUGCCACCUGG